AGCUGCCAACAUAGAUGAGGUUUUAAUCCACACCCUCAGUCAUGAUGAUUUAAGAGAUCUUUUUCCUGGUCCAGAAAACUUUCUCAGGAGGAAACAGUUGUGGGCUCAUCUUCACAAAGAGGAGGACUAUUCCACCUUACCAGACAAAGCUGGCCCUGGUGAAGCAGGAACUAGGUCUUCACCUAAACAAACACCUCCAACAAAGAUUCUAGAGGCAUAUCCAUGUUUCAAGGAGCUUCACAAUGUGAUGGAUGAGCUACAGCGGAUCCUGGAUAAGAACAACAACAAAUUCAUAACUGAAGUAAAGGCAAGAUGGGAGGACUUCUGCUCCAUGGUUCAGUUUUAUGGUCUUUGGAAGAAGGUGUUAAAGCCACCGAUGAACCAAAAUAGAGUGGAGUACAACAUAGCCCUGUUUAGGGCACUCCCUACACUCUUCCCCUCACCAACUGCGCCACCCAAGAAGCUGGAACAUGCCAGUGAGGCAUUGCUUCAUGUCCUUCAGCCAGCAGAAGAUCCAGCCCUCUACCUUCAGAGGAGAUCUCUCUUCAGCCCUGUUUUGUUCUUUGAUGGGUCCCACUGUAUUAUGGCAAUUGGAACCACACCCAUCACCACAUUUGCCAAAGAAGACCUCUGUCAAGGUUUGCUGUAUCUGAUGGCAUACUACUACACUUUGCAUCUCACAUAUCCAAAAUUCAGUCACCUGCCGUCUGAUCUGAAAAUGCUGAUCAUUUUUUAUGUGCUGCUCCUAGUCAAUAUUGGGCGAUGCUCAGAUCAUCAGAUCUUUGACACAAAAACUGUUGCUGUCGGGCAAAAUGUGACUCUGAAUUGUUCCCGGGAUCAUUUUUGGCUUUCAACAAACUUAUUUUGGAUCAGACUUGUUUCUCAGACCUUCCCUGAAUUUUUAGGAUCAACAAUAUCUCACAAUGGUGAGAUUAUUGAAACAACUCAUCAUAUUACAACAAAGCAAGAGCCUGGAGCUUUUGUUCUGCACAUGAACAGAGCACAGUUAAAUGAUACUGCUGUCUAUUACUGCAUAAAAGUAACAGAGCGCAAGAUGACAUUUUUGAAAGGAACUUUUCUCAGAAUCAAAGGACCAGAAACUGGCAUCAGUUCUGUCACUCAAGACUUUCUAUCUGAUCUCCUCCAUCCAGGAGACCCAGUAACUCUGCAGUGUUCAGUACUCUCUAAUUCUGAGAAUAAAACAUGCACAGAGGCUCACAGUGUGUACUGGUACCGAGCCAAACCAGAUGACACUCAUGCCAGUUUAAUUUAUGCUCAUGGAACCAGUGGUUACGACUGUGAGCAGAGUCCUGAGGCUCCUUCCCAACAGAAAUGUGUCUACAGCUUCCCCAAGAACAUCAGCUCCUCUGAUACUGGAAUUUAUUACUGUGCUGUGGCCACAUGUGGAGAGAUAUUUUUUGGAAAUGGAACUAAACUGGAUGUUGAAGUCGUGCACCACUGGAAUCUGCAGAAUACCAACACAAUUCUGUUUCUGCUGUGCGUUGCUCUCAGCAUUUGCCUGAUUGUUAUAACCGUCCUCAUUUAUACCAUCAAACAAAGAUCCAACACUUCAGAUGGUUUUUAUCCAGCUGCUGUUUCUCUGCAAACAAAUACGAAAACAACCAGGGCAAAACGGCAAAUUCAGCAAAGAGAGGAGGACUCAAUGACUUAUGCUGCACCAACAUUUACCAAGAGAAAAGCUGGCAAAGGAGAGAGACGGCACACCAGAGCAACAGAGAUGAUCUGCAUUUACUCUGAUGUCAGAGCUUUUGAAUAUGGAAAAAAUGAGGCUUGAAAAACACUAAUGCUUGUAUUUCUGUGUGAAAACAUUUAAAUGAUGUAUG